AUGCUUGAUUUAAUAAAUCAAUCACAGUCAAUUCAAACUGCCUAUGACAAGAAACUCGAAAAAGACAAAAGUGAAUCGCUACGUCGCUUGAGUGCUUCAGUCGAUGUGACAAGGUUUCUCUUGAGACUAGGAUUAUCAUUCCGUGGGCAUAAUGAGAGUCAAUAUUCUUCAAAUAGAGGUAUCUUUCUUGAACUUUUGCAAUGGUAUGGAGAUAUUAAUGAAGUUGUUGGAAGCAUUAUAUUAGAAAACGCCCCAAAAAAUGAAAUGAUGUGUUCUCCAAGUAUUCAAAAGGAUAUUGUUGAUUAUUGUGCUAAAGAAACAAUCAAAGCCAUCAUUGAAGACUUGGAUGGGAAUUAUUUUGGGAUACUAGUUCAUGAAUCAAAGGAUACAUCACACAAGGAGCAAAUGGCAAUUGUUCUGAGAUAUGUUAGCAAAGAAGGCGAAGUAGUAGAGCGAUUUGUUGGUAUUAUUCAUGUUAGUGAUACAUCUGCUCGUUCAUUAAAGGAGGCAAUCUACUCUUUUCUUUCGGAUCACUCAUUAAGUCCAUCACAAAUACGUGGGCAAGGUUAUGAUGGAGCUAGCAAUAUGCAGGGAGAGCUAAAUGGUCUUAAGACUUUGAUUUUGAAUGAGACUCCAUCAAAGAUAUUGCAUUCAUUGUUUUGCUCACCAAUUGCAGUUAACACUUGUAGCUCUUGCAAAGAAGAAUUCGAAUAUAAUCUCAUUGUCCUAUUUCCAUCAAUCAUUCACGUGCUUGAAUUUACUGGACGUGAGUGUCCUAAUUAUACUGACAGACUUGUUGCUAAAAGUCUUGAUGGAUCUCUUGAUAUUAAAUAUUCUCAUCGUUUGCGCGUUGAUAUUUUUUAUGCUGUUAUUGAUUUACAUCUUCAAGAGCUUAAGAAUCGUUUCGAUGCUGUGAGUAGUGACUUACUUCUCGGUAUGUCUAGUUUGAAUCCAGUUAAUUCAUUCGGAAAUUUUGAUAAGAACAGGAUAAUGAGGUUGGCCGAAUGUUAUAUGAAUGAGUUUGAUAGUAGCAAGCUUCGGGAUCUCAGUUGUCAGCUUGAUAGUUUUAUAGUUUAUGUUCGUGGUUCUGACAAAAGGUUCUUCAACUUGAAGGGAAUUAGUGACCUUGCAAAAUUGUUGGUUAUGUCCGAUUUGCAUCAAACCUGGCCACUUGUUUAUUUGCUUAUCAAGUUGACUCUCAUUCUUCCCGUUGCUACUGCGUCUGUGGAACGGGCUUUCUCUUCCAUGAAGUACAUCAAAAAUGAGCUUCGUAACAGUAUCGGUGAUGAAUUUUUGAUCAUUGUUUAG